CGGCAGGAGCCGCGGAGCCGGCGCUGAGAGCGGCUGCGGCCGGAGCGGGCGGCCGAGACAAAGGCGACGAUAGUGGCAGUUGUGGAUUUUUGAGUGAAACCUUGAACUCAAAUGAGAAGAAACCUUCAGGGAAUAACUUGGGCUGACGACUACCUGUUUCAGGCCCAGAGUCAAGUCAACACUUUUUAUACCUUCUUCGUGGUCCAGAAACAAGUAUCUUUAGAAUCAGAACAGAGGGGAAGCAAUCUGACCUUUUCUUUAUGAAAUUGACUGUGUAAGACACCUGGUGUCCAGUCCCCAAUACAGAGAAGUAAUAAGAUUAUUAUCCUGGCAUCAUUGGACGUUUGGUCACAUUGAGAGCUUGGUUUGUGAAGCUUCAUCGGUCAAGAUUUGAAAACUUCGUUGGUGCUCACUUCUACCUUGGACUUUAAGCAUGAGUGAAUUCUGGUUGUGUUUCAACUGCUGUAUCGCGGAACAGCCUCAGCCUAAACGACGCCGACGGAUCGACCGAAGCAUGAUUGGAGAGCCGACCAACUUCGUACACACAGCGCACGUGGGCUCGGGAGACCUGUUCAGUGGGAUGAACUCAGUUAGCUCCAUUCAAAACCAGAUGCAGUCCAAGGGCGGCUAUGGGGGCGGCAUGUCGGCCAACGUGCAGAUGCAGCUGGUGGACACGAAGGCAGGAUAGCGCGGGGACCUCCUCGGUUAUUGUGAAUUUGCUUUCUCUCCACUAUUCUUGAAUUUUUUGUGUGUUGUGAUUGCUUUCUUUUCUUUUCAAUUGCAAAAAAGAAGUGUGAUGGCGUCUUGUUCAGCCUGUUGUGAUUACUCCAGUGAGAUGUUACUGUUCUGCUCCGAAGAAGCUAUUGUCAGACGAAUCCUGCAUUUCCUUCAGCCGGCAUGCAUGCCUCUGGACUCAUGGACAGAGUUCUUUGGAUUGUGGCUUAAUUUUUAUCAGUAUGGAUCUGAUCGAUCUUAGCAUGAUCUUUUUUCGUGAAUGCUAGCAUUAUUUUGCAUUUUUGCCCCCAUUUUAAACAAUUCUUUCCACCUCCAGCCUUAUGGUUUCAUUGGUAAGCAAGGACCUGUUUGUCACCAUUUAUAUUUCAGGUAUGAGAUCCACAAGCACAACGAUUAUUUUUACUCAUUUGAAACUUCGGCAGAGUAGGGAUCUGCAUGCUUUUUGAAGUUGGUUUAUAUGAAAGCCCGUGGGAUGCAGAAAUGAAUAUUUCUGUGUUUCCAUGGGCUGAUGAUACUGCUGCUAUUAGAGAAAGGUUAGCUGUGGCGCCACAUCAGUUUCACAGAAAAAGAGGACUUUAGCUUACUUUUAGAAAUAGGACUUUUGCUCUGUUAGAAUUACAACUAAGAAAAAGGCUUGCAUUCAAUCAUAAGGCACUCAUUCUGUUGUAAAUGUUCACUCUAUUUAUUUUGAGAGCAAGGACCUGUGAUUAUGAACAGGUAUGGUUAUGUAUCGUCUGAUUCUGAGCAUCAUCAUGUCACUAGCCAUUAAUUUCUUUGUCUCCUCACUCUGUUUUUGUUAUUAUGUUACCCAGUUAUUUCUAGGAGCAGUUUGUUGAACAUCUGGCUUAUACUACUAACUGCAGAGUCACUGGUAUAUUUAGUGCCAGUGAAAUAACCUGUAUGGUGACUUUUUAUGGUAUUUGUGAGAAACCUUCAUUCACUCAGGUUCCAGAAUAUGUAUUCACAGGUUGUAUUUCAGAUAUUUCUGUAAGUGCUUCGUCCCCACUUGAGUGUAAAAGACUUGUAACUCUGUUAUUCCCCACCGUUCCCCUUAGUCUGGUUCUUCUGCCAUAAGCAACUGAAUAGACAAAAUAGGAAAGCAUUUCUUACCUUCGUUCUUUGGAAUUUACCAACAGAGUGGGGCACCAGGAUCACUGUCACUGUGCUGCUGCAGUUUUCAGCCUUCCUAGGUGGCAAUCCCAAACGGAAUCUGUCAGGGAAAAAGGUGGAAUUUACAAAACAGGCAUUUUGCAAUUUAAUAACUUCUAAAUUCCUUUGGUGUCAUUAAGUCAUUGUUCACCUCUUAUAUUCAGGAACCUGCCAGAUUACCUGUCAUUCUGCUCAGCCACAAUUGGUGUGUGCAGGCUCUUUAGAAGACAGAUUCGGUUUUCUUGCCAUUGUCAGCACUGAUGCUGACCGAUUUACUUCUGUUUUGACUUGUAUUAACAUAGGGAACCAUGGUCCCUUUUCCCAACUCUGUGAUUUUACGAUCUUUUUUCAAUCCCUGUAUUUUUGCUACUCCAAGGACCAAAUACUCCAGUGACUGCUGGAGCGAUCACUAUGGUAAGCCAAAGGCUGCACGUGUCAGCCUGUCACUGUUAUGCAGCUUCCACUGACUUCACAGGCACAGCAGCCACCCUGUGAACAAGAGCACAUGCCAGGGAAGGUGCCAGUACAUUCAAGAAACAAGAACAUUUCUGAAAAUUCUAAGAUACUAACCUUGGAUACAGUUUUUUUUUUUUUUUUUAGGGAGGGUUGAAGAGAAUUGAUGUGAAGGGAGGCGGCUCUACCACAUUUGUAUGUGGGACUGCAAAUCUCAGGAGGUCACUUAUUCUUAGAGCAAUGCAUCUCAUUUUAAAAUUAAAGCUUAUUAAAUAGGAUUUUCCUACUCGGAAUUAAACCUAAUAUUCUGCUAAAAGUACAUGCUAACAACUGUUAAGCAAGAGAAACUGAAUAAAGGUGUAAUGAAUGACGAGGUGCUUUCCCAGGAUGUAGGCAUGAAGUGGUGCCAGUGAGCAUUGAGCAGAAAUGUGAACUCUGGUAACUGGGUUCCGCAUUUCCAAUGCAGCAUUAUCAGUGGGCCUUUAAAAAUACUUUGUGAGUAUAUUAGCUUCUACUUUUGUUAUUAAAUUAUAGCAGUUUCAUUAUAGAGCAAGUUUGCCUUGAUUUUGUUUAAAAUGACUUAUGCUCAGCACCCAGAAGAUAAAAUGGACAUAUUUUUAUAAUAUAAGCAUACUUUUUUUGUACAUUGUGUUCAUUCUUGAAUAAAGUGAGUUUAGUGUUCGCUUGUAGAUAAAAGAAAAGUAUUGAUUUUGACUCAAUAAAUGUUCUUUCAAACCAGUUUGGUGGUGGUUUUUUCUCCC